AUGUGUCACUACAAGACCCAUCAGCAGAGACCAGACCCCCCUGGACCCAGCUGUGUGUCCAUGAAGAGUGACCGGUCUAUGGAUAUACCUAUUAGUUUCAAAGAUGGACACCGCUCUACUGAGCAGAGAGACCACCAGGAGAGGUCAGAGGUUCUCAGUGGUCAGUCUGUCCAGGAGCAUCAAACAGACCUGGACUCCAUAUUUAUGCUGCUUGAGGAGAACAUUAUCACUUUUGUGAAGAAGGAGCUGAAGAGGUUGCAGAAGCUUCAGAGUUCAGAUUACCCAGAGUGCUUAGAGAGACAGAUGGAGGAGGAGGAGGAGGAACAGAGGAGGGGCACCAGGGAGGCACUUCUGAAGAUCACGCCGCACUUCCUGAGGAGUAUGAAGCAGGGGGAGCUGGCUGACUCUCUGGAGAGCAAAACCCUUGUUCCCAUGUGCCGGAGUAACCUCAAAGCAGCUCUGAAGGAGAAGUUUCAGUGUUUGUUUGAAGGCGUCACUAAACCAGGAGAGUCAACACUUCUGAAUCAGGUCUACACAGAGCUCUACAUCACAGAGGGAGGCAGUGGAGAGGUCAAUAAUGAACAUGAGGUCAGGCAGAUUGAAACAGCAUCCAGGAAACCAGCGAGACCAGAAACACCGAUCAAAUGUGAAGACAUCUUUAAACCCUUACCUGGACAAGAUAAACCAAUCAGAACAUUGAUGACAAGGGGAGUGGCUGGCAUCGGUAAAACAGUCUUAACACAGAAGUUCACUCUGGACUGGGCUGAAAACAAAACCAACCCCAAUAUACACUUCACGUUUCCAUUCACGUUCAGAGAGCUGAAUGUGCUGAAAGAUAAAAAGUUCAGCUUGGUGGGACUUCUUCAUCACUUCUUUAUCGAAACCAAAGAAGCAGGAAUCUGCAGCCUUGACAAGUUCCAAGUUGUGUUCAUCUUUGACGGUCUGGAUGAGUGUCGACUUCCUCUGGACUUCCAGAAUAAUGAGAUCUGGACUGAUGUCAGAAAGUCCACCUCAGUGGACGUGCUACUGACAAACCUCAUCAAGGGGAAACUGCUUCCCUCUGCUCGCCUCUGGAUAACCACACGACCUGCAGCAGCCAAUCAGAUCCCCCCUGAGUGGGUUGACAUGGUGACGGAGGUGAGAGGGUUCACUGGUCCACAGAAGGAGGAGUACUUCAGGAAGAGAUUCAGAGAUGAGGAGCAGGCCAGAAGAAUAAUCUCACACAUCAAGACAUCACGAAGCCUCCACAUCAUGUGUCACAUCCCAGUCUUCUGUUGGAUCACUGCUACAGUUCUGGAUCAUGUGUUGAAAACAGAGGAGAGAGGAGAGAUGCCCAAGACCCUGACUGAGAUGUACAUCCACUUCCUGGUGGUUCAGUCCAUCCAGGGGAAUGUGAAGUAUCAUGGGAGAUCUGAGACAGAGCCACACUGGGAUACAGAGAACAGGAAGAUGAUCGAGUCUCUGGGAAAACUGGCCUUUGAACAGCUGGAGAAAGACAACCUGAUCUUCUAUGAAGCAGACCUGACAGAGUGUGGCAUUGAUAUCAGAGCAGCCUCAGUGUACUCAGGAGUGUUCACACAGAUCUUUAAAGAGGAGUGUGGGCUGUACCAGGACAAGGUCUUCUGCUUUGUCCAUCUGAGCAUUCAGGAGUUUCUGGCUGCUCUUUAUAUCUUUCGCUCAUUCACCCAAACUGGAGUCAAUCUGCUGUCAGAAACACAGUCAACCUCCUGGUGUUCUAAACCACUUAGAGACAAACCUACAGAGCUAGACCUCUACCAGACAGCAGUGGACAAGACCUUAGAGAGUCCAAACGGACAUCUGGACUUGUUCCUGCGCUUCCUCCUGGGCUUCUCACUGGAACCCAAUCAGAAUCUCCUACGAGGCCUGCUGGGAAAGACAGGAAGUAAAUCACUGACCAAUCAGAAAACAGUCCUGUACAUCCAGGAGAGGAUCAGGGGGGAUCUCUCUCCAGAGAGAAGCAUCAAUCUGUUCUACUGUCUGAAUGAACUGAAUGACCAUUCUCUAGUGAAGGAGAUCCAACAGUUCCUGACAUCAGGGAGACUCUCCACAGACCAACUCUCUCCUGCUCAGUGGUCAGCUCUGGUCUUCAUCUUACUGUCCUCAGAAAAGGAGCUGGAGGUGUUUGACCUGAAGAAAUACUCUGCUUCAGAGGAGGGUCUUCUGAGGCUGCUGCCAGUGGUCAAAGCCUCCAAUACAGUUCUGUUGUGUUACUGUAAUCUGUCAGAGAGACGCUGUGAAGUUGUGUCCUCAGUCCUCAGCUCCACCUCCUCUAGUGUGAGAGAGCUGGACCUGAGUAACAAUGAUCUGCAGGAUUCUGGAGUGAAGCUGCUCUCUGCUGGACUGGGGAGUCCGCAAUGUAGACUGGAAACUCUCAGGUGA